AUGUCGAAAAUCUCAAACCUAGACUACGCAGCCCUUAAUCUCCCUGGAGAUAACUAUUUGCAGUGGGCGCUAGAUACAAAGAUCAACCUGAGGUCAAAGGAACUCGGUGAUACUAUCAUCGAGGACAACAAUGAGAAUAAUAAGAAUCGGUAUAGGGCUAUAAGUAUUAUACGCCACCAUCUCAUUGAAGGCUUAAAAGAUCAGUACCUUACAAUGGAAAAUCCACUAGACCUUUGGACCGCUUUACAGCGUAGAUAUGAUCACCAGAAAACGGUGCUACUACCAAAGGCUAGAUAUGAGUGGAAGAAUCUCAGCUUCAUGGACUAUAAGUCUGUGGAUGAAUACAAUUCAGUAUUGUUCAAAAUAGUUUCAAUGAUGAGACUCUGUGGUGAAGAAGUAACCGAGAAAGAGUUACUGGAUAAGACCUUCUCUACGUUCCAUUCCACAAAUGUGUUGCUGCAACAGCAUGAGAUGAGACCUCCAGGAUCAGCACCAUUACAAGAAGCUCACAAGGCUGAACAUGAAAAGAAAGAUCCCAAAGAAAACAACCACGUCUAUAAUGAAAGGAGAUCACACGGCAGAGGCCGUGGUGGGUACAAGGGACGUGGUGGUCGUGACAACUACUCAUAUGGCCGAGGGUAUGGAAACCACAAUAAUCGUGGUCAUGGUUCCAGCUAUGGCCGUGGAAGAGCCAAUUUUGGCCGCGGUCGAGGCGGCAUAUCCAAGCCGUCUUACUCGACCAAAUCCGUUUGUCACAGGUGCGGGAUGAGUAACCAUUGGGCCAAGAAUUGUAGAACUCCUAAGCAUUUAUGUGAACUCUAUCAAGAGAGCCUUAAGAACAAGAACCCAUAA